AAUGCACUAUUUGACUUUCUCCCCGAGCUCAGACGGGAGCGCACAUAAACAAAGUCGCGUUACAAACUCCCCACACUUAGCAAAUCGCCCAGCAGCUCCGACACGCUCGGCUCGCGGGAACGGACGCAGACAAACUCCUUACACUCGGGAGUUUUAAUUUCUUUUAAUAUUACUUUUUUUUAAUUUUCUAUUUCAUUUUUAUCCUACUUUAAAGAAAGAAAAGUAAGAGGAAGAACUUUUUUUUUUUUGCUGCCGAUGCAUCCUGUACGUCCCCAAUAUUACUUAGAGUUUUUGUAUUUACUGUAAAUGUAUCUUUCGACUCUUGGUGAUUAUUCUGGAUGGGAGUAGAAUACUUCAUGCGAGGUUAUUGCCGCAUGUAAAGACGGAACCACUACAGCACACCAACACAGGUUCGGAAGAGCGUGCCCAGCCCAGCUCGGAGCACCGGCGAUCGGACACAUCCACCGCGACACCCGCCGAGCCCUACCCGCUCCAGGAGCCCUGUCCCGGCCGCAGCCACGCCACCCCUCAACCCCGGACACCCAGCACCAUUCAGCGCGAAGCUCUUUCACCAGACAUGCCCUGUGUGCAGGCUCAGUACGGGCCCGCCCCUCCAGGCUCAGCCUACUCUGGCCAGUCCUUCAGUUACCAGGGCGACAGUUACGGCUCUGACCUCAUGACCCCCGACUACACCAAGCUGGACCUGGGCGGUGGUGAGAUCUCCGCCGCCGCCGCCACCACCUCCCUCCCCAGCUUCAAUGUGUUUGUGGAGGGCAGCUACGAGCCCAAGUCUUCCUGCCUCUACCAGAUGCCCCCGCACCGGGCCACCAUCAAGAAGGAGGAGGAGAGCUACCCGACCGCUCCGGCGCUGGAGGCCAUGUCGUCCUCCGCCAUGUACUUUAAACAGUCCCCCCCCUCCACUCCCACCACUCCAUCUCUGCCCCCCCAGCCUGGCACAUCCUUCUUGUGGGAGGAUCACGUCCUGGCCCCUCCGUCGCACCCCCAUUCCUUGGGGUCCAGCCUGGAGACAGGCCCCCUCAAGUCUCCCCGUUUUACCCACUUCUACCAGCACUCACCGCCCCACAGUGGUGGCAGCGUCGGUGGCUAUGAGAGCCUGGGAGGUCUGAUUCGAACAUCCUCCUCCUCCUCCUCCUCUUCAUCCUCGGUCUCCCAUCCUCAUUGUCCACCCCUGGACCAGCCAAUGUACCAGCUGCACCGUGGGGCCGGGGGCAGCAGCCUCGCCUUCCGAUCCCUGGCCCUUGGGCCCUGUGGCCCCCUCCUGGGAGACAGCCUGCCCUCACCUCCCCAGCGUGGCCCUCAAGGUGAGGGCACCUGUGCAGUGUGUGGGGACAACGCGGCCUGCCAGCACUACGGCGUACGCACAUGUGAGGGCUGCAAAGGCUUCUUCAAGCGCACCGUGCAGAAAAACGCCAAGUAUGUGUGUCUGGCCAGUAAGAACUGUCCUGUGGACAAGAGGAGGCGCAACCGCUGCCAGUACUGCCGCUUCCAGAAGUGUCUGAGUGUGGGCAUGGUGAAGGAAGUGGUGCGCACUGAUAGCUUGAAGGGGCGCAGAGGCCGUCUUCCUUCCAAACCAAAGAGCCCCCUGCAGACAGAAGGAUCUCCACCUUCUCCACCCUUCAGCCUGCUCUCCGCUCUGCUCAGGGCUUAUUCCCACAGCACGCCCCGUGACUUCGACUACAGCCAGUUCAGUGCUGCCGACCCCCCCUCCUCCUCCUCAGACGCCGAGCACAUCCAGCUCUUCUACAGGCUGCUCACCAUCUCGAUGGAGACCACGAGGUGCUGGGCCGACCGGCUGCCGGGCUUCUCCGAGCUCCAGCGUGACGAUCAGAACCUGCUCAUAGACUCUGCCUUCCUGGAGCUGUUCGUCCUGAGACUGGCUCACAGGUCAGUGCUGUCAGAGGACAAACUUGUGUUCUGUAAUGGCUUGGUGCUGCACAGGUUCCAGUGCCUUCGUGGGUUCGGAGAGUGGCUGGACUCCGUCCGGGAUUUCGCCAACCACCUACAGAGCCUAAACCUGGACGCCUCUGCCUUCUCCUGCCUGGCCGCCCUCGUACUGCUCACAGAGCAAGUCCCGGGUCUGAAGGACUCCAAGCGCGUCGAGGAGCUGCAGAAUAAAGUGAUUUCCUGUCUCAGGGACCACCUGGGCUGCGGCCCCUCUUCAUCCUCGUCCAAGGCCGCGCCGCCUCUGAGUCGCCUUCUGGGUUUGAGGGCAGAGCUCCGCUCCCAGAGAACCCAGGGCCUUCAACGAAUCUUCUACCUGAAGCUGGAGGACCUGGUCCCGCCUCCACCGUUGAUCGACAGGUUCCUGGACACUUUGCCCUACUGACAGCCCGGCCGGACCACGCAAACAAAGACCCACUUCACGUCCUGUUCAGGUGUUUUUCCCCCUGAGGAGCACGCGCACACGUCCAGAAGAGAGACUCGUUCCACUCUGUCUGAUUCAGAACAGAGAGAGCCAAUCAAAUGCUUUCCACUCUUCAGGACAACCAAUCAAGAAUGUCUUUUCACAAAUGGACAACCAACUAAAUGCUUUUCACCAGUAUAAAAGACAAUUGCUCAAAUGUUUUAUCACUUUUUGUUCGGUCCUCCUAUUUUUCUCACAUGGGGGAGGAUGACGGAGGCUGAGACGGACAAUGGAAAAAGACUUAUCACCGUCCUCUCUCCAUCUGGGUGGCAGCUCAUCCAGCAUAAAAAAAGAAAGCAAGGUUUAUAAGUACUGUUUAUCUGUGUUUUCACUCCGGCUCGUCCAGUCUGAGGACUUUUUGGUAAAGAGGGAACGGGAGGUGUGAUCGAAUGUUAUCAGAGCUGAAGAUGUCCCAGUCAAACAGUGUAUUCUACUUGGUCCCGCUGAAAGUGUGAGCGCAGACAUGCAGAGACAUCCCAAAGCACAACGCAGAUAUUUGAUAAACACAUGGAAGAGGCUGUCGAGUAGAGCUCCUGAUUCCAAGUGCAAUUUCAUAAGUGCUCUCUCGCCACAAAAGGAAGAGAGACGGGGGAAGCGCCGGUUGAAUUUUCAAACUCUAAAUUAUUUUAUUACAAAGACGUGUCCUGUACUGUCAGUAGCUAAAAAGAAUACGAGACAGUCUCCUCCUGCCGUUAGACAGCGGGGGGGAGAUGCCGUGCACUAACGAUUGAUGACUGAGUCACCCAGACUUGAACUUGCUCUAGUAUGUUAUGUUUUUUUUUUAUUAUCAACUCAUUUUGAAAUCAUGGGAGGAGUAAACGUGGAGAGAAAUUGGCUUUUGAAGCACUUACACCCUGAGAAGGGCUAGAGGCACAGACACACACCUGAAACCUGCUCGCCUGUACGAUGGCUGGGGGGGGCGGAGGGUGCUCGACAGAUAGCUGUACAUGUACGUCAAGGGGUGGAACAUUCCGCAGUCAUGCUCUUUUUUUCUAUUCGUUUCUAUUGUGGGGGGGGGGGGGGGUUGUGUGAGAGUGCGGAGGACACAGUUGCAUACUGUCUUUGUGUGUACGCUUAGAGAAGCCAGGAUCAUAUGCAUGGUGUGUUAUAAACUGUCAAGAGCUGCCAUAGCCUGUCGAAACAGCUCGACCUGUGUUUGUGUCUCAGACUGCGGCUCCACGGGGAUCUCCCCCCCCCCCGGGCCUCCACCACCCACUCACAGCAACAGUUUGACAUAUGAAAAAAGCAGAUUAUAUAGAUAUAAAUAUAAAUAUAAAUAUAUAUAUGUAUACAUAUAUAUAUAUAUAUAUACAAAACUAAUAUUUUGAAGUGUUUUUAGCUUUUUCAAAUAUUGUGGUACGAGUUGUGCAUUGUUUUUUGAAGAAGAGAAACAAAAAAGGAAAAAAAGUUGCUGUUUUUUCAAUGUCCCUGUUUGGUUUGAGUUUCCUGUUUGUUCUUUCUCUUUGGUUCACUGGAUUUUAUGUUCAGCACUUUGAAAUCAUAAAUAGUUCUGAUUAAUCUGA